AUGAACAAAAAUAAGCGAAAAGAAUUCUACAGUGUAGAUGUGGGGGAUUCGACAUUCACAGUUUUGAAGCGCUAUCAGAAUCUAAGACCCAUUGGCUCGGGUGCUCAGGGAAUAGUCUGCUCAGCCUAUGACAACAACCUUGAGCGAAACGUGGCUAUAAAGAAACUCAGCCGGCCUUUUCAGAAUCAAACUCAUGCCAAACGUGCGUACAGAGAGCUGGUGCUCAUGAAAUGUGUCAACCAUAAAAAUAUAAUAGGCCUCUUAAAUGUUUUUACACCGCAAAAAACAUUAGAAGAAUUCCAAGAUGUUUACCUAGUAAUGGAGCUGAUGGACGCAAACCUCUGCCAAGUCAUUCAGAUGGAGCUGGACCACGAGCGGCUGUCGUAUCUGCUGUACCAGAUGCUGUGUGGAAUAAAACACCUCCACGCGGCGGGGAUCAUCCACAGGGAUCUGAAACCCAGUAACAUUGUGGUAAAGUCAGACUGUACCCUGAAGAUCCUGGAUUUCGGUCUGGCGCGGACAGCAGCUACGGGUCUGCUGAUGACACCAUAUGUGGUGACCCGUUACUACAGAGCCCCUGAAGUCAUCCUGGGAAUGGGAUAUCAAGCCAAUGUGGAUGUGUGGUCUGUCGGCUGUAUCAUGGCUGAAAUGGUCAGAGGUAGUGUAUUAUUUCCGGGUUCAGAUCAUAUUGAUCAGUGGAAUAAAGUAAUAGAGCAGCUGGGAACGCCAACCCAAGAGUUCCUGUUGAAACUCAACCAGUCUGUACGGACCUACGUGGAGAACAGGCCGCGGUACACUGGGUAUAGCUUUGAGAAGCUGUUUCCUGACGUCUUGUUCCCUGCCGAUUCAGAUCACAGCAAGCUAAAAGCGAGUCAGGCGCGGGACCUGCUGUCUAAAAUGCUGGUGAUUGAUGCAUCAAAACGAAUCUCAGUGGAUGAGGCUUUGCAGCACCCGUACAUUAACGUGUGGUAUGACCCGGCUGAAGUGGAAGCGCCUUCUCCUCUGAUCACAGACAAACAGCUCGAUGAGAGGGACCACACAGUGGAGGAGUGGAAAGAACUGAUUUAUAAAGAAGUGCUGGAUUGGGAAGAACGGAUGAAGAAUGGUGUUAUUCGAGGUCAGCCCUCCCCCCUAGGUGCAGCAGUGAUCAACGGCUCACCCCAGCCCUCAUCCUCAUCCUCCAUCAAUGACGUCUCCUCCAUGUCCACAGAGCCCACCGUGGCCUCGGACACAGACAGCAGCUUGGAGGCCUCGGCGGGACCCCUGAGCUGCUGCAGAUGACUAUCACCCUCCCCUGGAGUCGCUCUCUGUGUGGCAUGGUAUCAGAUCUAGGCCAGUCUAAUACGUUCUUUCGGGUCUGAUUUGGCUUUUAUUUUUGAGUUGCACUCUAGAUGCUGUAAAUCACUAUACAGUUUGAUCUUUCUAGCAGCAGCAGCCCUAACAGACCGAUGAUAGUGAGCUCCUUAACAAAACAAACACUUCUUUUAUAAGCUACAUGUAGAGUAUUUUGUCAUGUCGUCGUAGAGUGAUUUUUUUUGAAAGGUAAUCUGUAAAGAUUGAAUUGUGAAUAUAUUUUCUCAGAUUUAUUUAUUUUGAGUCGUUUUUUUUUUUCUGGUCUAUGUAUAUCUUUUGUUUUGGACACUUGGGAUAUGAAAAACAUUAGAAAGCAGUCCGUUUUAAAAUGGACAUAACCAUAUUGCACAGAAUUGAUAAAGUCGUAGUUAUUUAAGUACGUAACUUGCUUGAGGUGGCUUUUUCUGGCUCACGAUUUCCAUAUUGGUGAAGAGCAUAUUUGAUUUGACUUUUGUACAGUUUCGUUUAGAGAACUCGCAACAUUGAAAAAAUAUUUUUAUAUGUACAUUGAUUUAUUUUACCAGGCCGUUCUUUAGUUUCAUGAAUAGUUUUGCUGCUGAUUAAUUUUCUGGUUGACUGUGAAAUGUGACGUACAUGUACGUUUGUCUCCGGUGUUCUAGUCCUAAUAAACUAGGAUUUCAGCACCUUUUUUUUAAAGAUUAUUUAAAUGAGUUUUCCCCCUUUAACAUCUGCGAUUGUAUGUUGCAUUUUACAGUAACAAAUUUUUUUCAGCCCUUUAUAUAAAGGCUUGUUCAGUCUGAAUCCUUCUGACAAAUGAUUUUAUUCUUAUUCUUAUUCAGAACACCAACAAAGAUUCAUUUCUAUAAUCCAUUAGAGUCAUUAAGCUACUUAUUUAUUUAAUUUUUAUAUAUAACAGUGAAAUGAACCAAAUUUGGAAAUCAUCUUUGCUUUGUUAGUGUAUUUUUGUGUCCCUCGUCAGAUUAGAAGGUCUUUUAUGGCACGUGAUGUGCUGUAAGUGAAUAGGAUCUUUUGUAUUGGGGAUUGACUUACUGUACGUACAGUGCAUCUGGAAAGUAUUCAUAGCGCUUCACUUUUUCCACAUUUUUUAAUGUUACAGCCUUAUUCCAAAAUUAAUUAAAUUUGUUUCCUCAGAAUUCUACACACAAUACCCCAUAAUGACCAUGUGAAAAAAGAUUUUUUUGAAAUUGUUGCAAAUUUAUUAAAAAUAAAAAACCUGAAAAAUCACAUGUACAUAAGUAUUCACAGCCUUUGCUCAAUACUUUGUUGACACACUUUUGGCAGCAAUUGCAGCCUCAAGUUAUUUUAAAUAUGAUGCCACAAGCUUGGCACACCUGUCUUUGGGAAAUUUUGCCCAUUCCUCUUUGCAGUACCUCUCAAGCUCUAUCAGGUUGGAUGGGAAGUGACGGUGUACAGCCAUUUUCAGAUCUCUCCAGAGAUGUUCAAUAGGAUAUAGGUCUGGGCUCUGGCUGGGCCACUCAAAGACAUUCAUUCAUGUUGAGUCUGAGGUCAAGAGCACUCUGAAGCAGGUUUUCAUUCAGGAUGUCUCUGUACAUUGCUGCAUUCAUCUAUCCUGACUAGUCUUCCAUUUCCGGCUGCUGAAAAACAUCCCCACAGCAUGAUGCUGCCACCACCAUGAGCUCAGACAGAGUGACCAUCGGGUUAUUGAUCACCUCCCUGACUAAGGCUCUUCUUCCUCGAUCACUCAGCUUAGAUGGCCGGUCAGCUCUAGAAAGAGUCCUGGUGGUUCCAAACAUCUUCCACUUACAGAUGAUGGAGGCCGCUGUGCUCAGUGGAACUUUCAGAGCAGCAGAAAUUUUUCUGUAACCUUCCCCAGUCUUGUGCCUCGAGACAAUCCUGUCUCGGAGGUCUACAGACAAUUCCUUUGUCUUCAUGCUUGGUUUGUGCUUUGACAUGCACUAUCAACCCUGGGACCUUAUAUAGACAGGUGUCUGCCUUUUCAAAUCAUGUCUAAUCAACCGAAUUUACCACAGGUGAACUCCAAUUAAGCUGCUGAAACAUCUCAAGAAUGAUCAGUGGAAACAGAAUGUACCUGAACUCAAUUUAGAGCUUCACGGCUGUAAAUAUUUAUGUACAUGCGAUUUUUU